AUGGUCCGAUUAGCCCUUCCAACCUGCUCCCUAGCAGCCCUCUCAUCCAUCCUCCUUCUCAAUUCCUCCGCUUCCGCUGCCUCAACAGCCAGCUCACGAUGCACCCGCUCCUUCCUCAACUCCGUCACUGCCCAGUACAUCACCGCCCAAUCCCUCGGUGAAUCAACCGCCUUCAUCACCUCUCUGCUCUCUCCCUCCGGCAACCUCACCAUAGGAAACCCCAGCAACAACACCACAACCCCAUCAUUCCUCUACAAAGAAAAUGAGGUCCCCCUCUUCCCAACAUCCCCCAACUCAACCCUCUCCAUACCCAUCAAAGUCGACUUCCACCGCUCCGCUCACGACCCUACCCGCUGCGCAACGUUUACCGAACUCAUCGCCGCUAACAAUCCGGGUCAUCCAUAUGUCAUCCACACCCGCAUGGAAUUCUCUCCCUCUACUCUUCUCCCAACCUUAAUCGAAAGCGUCGUGACCGACAAAGGCGACUGGCUCUUUAACGCAACCGGCACCCUUUCCCUCGCCCUCCAAGAAUCUUGGCCUCCCAUCCCCUCCAACUCUUCAGCCCGUACCAGUUACUCCCAGCUCCAAGCCGUCGGCGAUUCAUAUUUCAACAGAUUCGGCAACACUUCCGUUACCGUACCAUGGGGACCUCCCUGUAUCAGGAUCGAAGGCGGCUUGCCCGCUCACGGGAACUUGACUGCCGAUGGUCGCUGCCUGCAAGAGUGGCCGAGCACUAUCAUUGUGCCGUGGAGGAGGUACGUAGUCGACGAAGAGAUGGGCGUGGACGCAGGGGGAGGCGCCGAUGCCUGA